AUGAUCACCGACGAGGACAAGGCUGCCCUCCGCUUGCUCGUCCAAUAUGUAUCAAGAGCGUUCUACGAGCCCAAGUUCAUCGUCGUUAUGGACCAGUUGGCGCGCCACGAAGUGCUCAAGGACGAUGAUCUUGCGGGGAGAAUGGGGCUGCAGUUGAAGGAGCUAAACAAGCUCAUGGCUGUACUAGAGGGCGACCGAUUGGUCCAAGUUCAUCGGCAGAACGAACUCAAGGAAGGCGCUCAGCGGUCUGUCGGCAGACAAUACUUCUAUGUUGACUUUCAGCGUUUCUGUAACGUUGUCAAGUGGCGUGUCUCCGAAAUGCGCCGGCGUAUUGAUACUGGCUUGCGAAAUGAACUGGACAACAAAGGCUAUAUUUGUCCGCGAUGUCAUAAAUCCUUUGCGCCACUAGAGGUCGACAAAUUAAUGGACUUUGAGCGUGGCGCCUUCAUCUGCGACGUUUGCCACGCUGAACUUAUCGACAAUGACGAUGCUGAGAGUGUUCGUGGGAGUCAGGACAGGAUGCAACGAUUUAAUUAUCAGAUGCGGUUUAUCAGGGAAGGUUUGAGGAAGAGCGAGGAAAUGGUGCUGCCUGCAUUUGAUGUAGUACAGUUCAUCUCGAAGAACCUCGCUUCUGACGCGGCAUCACAAAAAGGAUCCGGCGAGCCAGGUCGAGGCCUCAAAGUCGCUGGCUCAUACGGAGAGAAGAGAAAGGACGAAGGGGUUGGCAUCGUCAUCUCGACAGACAAAGACGAAGAGACAGUGCGAAGAGAACGCGAUGCCGAGGCAGCUGCGAAGAGACAACAGAAUGCAAUGCCGUCGUGGCAUUUGAAGAGUACCAUUACGGGAGAUCUGACAGCGUUGGGAGUCAAAGAGAAUGCGCUGCAGGUAGGGUCUGCCGUCAAUGGGGCCUUGGUAAAUGGGCAUGAAGCGAAUGGGUUCGACGAGAGUCUGAAGGGGCUCGGAAGAGUUGGGGGCUCACUGAAUUUGAGUGCCAUUCAACCAAGUGUGGAUAUGGCUGUCGAAGAUGUGAAGCCUGACGUGAAGCAGAUCCAUGAAGUGGACUACUACGACCACUACUACGCCUCACUGGCCAAUUCUGCAGCGCCCUCCGCACAGAACACGCCGUCUGCAGAUUUCGCUUUCACUACGGAUGAUUUUGACGAAGAUCGAAAGCCCGAUGUUGAUUAUCUUGACUCGCUGAACGAAUAUAGAAAGCGGUCCAGAUCACGCGAAGAUGAGGGUGAUGCGGAGAGGAAGAUCGCAAAGACGGCGAACGGUGUAAACGGUGUUGUGAAUGGUGUGAAUGGUCACAGCGGCGUCAACGGAUCAGCGAUGGAGCCCGAGGGUGUGAGCAGGAUAGGCGACGAAGAAGCCAUAGAAGACGAUCCAAUCAUGCUAGGUGGGUGUCUUUGUCCCCUUCUAUUUUUCAAUGGCGAGCCUAUAGCAUUCUCACAUGUGACAGAGGAGCACCAGGAGUUGAUGACACCGGAGGAGUACACUGCCUACUUCGACGUGUAUCAAGCGCGUGCCUCUUGA